GAAACAAAUGGAAGACUGCUGUGACCCUGCCCAUCUCUUUGCUAUGACUAAAAUGAAUUCCCCCAUGGGGAAGAGCAUGUGGUAUGAUGGGGAGUUUUUAUACUCAUUCACCAUUGACAAUGCAACUUAUUCUCUCUUCCCUCAGGCAACCCCAUUCCAGCUGCCAUUGAAGAAAUGCGCAGUGGUGGGAAAUGGUGGGAUUCUGAAGAAGAGUGACUGUGGCCGUCAAAUAGAUGAAGCAAAUUUUGUCAUGCGAUGCAAUCUUCCUCCUUUAUCAAGUGAAUACAUUAAAGAUGUUGGAUCCAAAAGUCAUUUAGUGACAGCUAAUCCAAGCAUAAUUCGGCAAAGGUAAGACUUUAUGUGACUUCUGUUUGUGAGGAACUAAAGAGGAACGCUUUUGAAGUAUUUAGCAUCUCAAAGGCAGUGAGCAUAAUUCAGUUUGGGAAACAAAGAGAAAAACUAUCUGGAGGGGCAGGAAGGAUAAAGGAGGGAAUUGUAAAUAAAUGAGGUGGGAUUAUGGGAAUUCAA